AUCAUACUUUGCACGCAGGACAACCAGGAUGGGUGCAAUUUUAUAUUGACCCAAAGCGUAAGAAAAAAUAUAUUGGAGUUGUAUUAAGUCCAAAUGAUAAAUUACCGAGACCGCCUACCGAGCCAAGAAGGCGUAGAUUUGAUUUGAUUGAUGUUACACAAUAUCAUGAAGAGUUACGUAAAUCCAGAGAAAUUGCUAUUUCUAAGAAACAACAAAAAUAA